AUGAGAUUGGACAUUAAGAAACAAUUCAGCACCCGUUCGGAUCGUGUUAAAGGGAUUGAUUUCCAUCCAACAGAACCAUGGGUUCUUACCACUUUGUAUAGUGGAAAGGUAGAGAUAUGGUCUUACGAAACUUCCACCAAGGUCAAGACCAUUGACGUGACGAACGUGCCAGUGAGAGCAGGUAAAUUCAUUGCCAGAAAGAACUGGAUCAUCGUUGGAUCUGAUGAUUUCCAGGUAAGGGUCUACAACUACAACACAGGCGAGAAAGUUGGUCAGUUUGAAGCCCAUCCUGACUACAUUAGAUCCAUUGCUGUUCAUCCCACCAGACCAUAUGUGUUGACAUCCUCAGAUGACAUGACCAUCAAGCUUUGGAACUGGGAAAACAACUGGAAGAUGGAACAAAUCUUUGAGGGACACCAACAUUACAUCAUGUCUCUGGCAUUUAAUCCAAAAGAUCUCAACACUUUUGCAUCUGCGUGUUUAGAUAGAACCGUCAAGAUCUGGUCUCUUGGUUCGCCUGUUCCAAACUUCACCUUGAUGGCCCAUGAGAGCAAAGGUGUCAAUUACGUGGAAUAUUAUCCUCAAAGCGAUAAACCAUAUUUGAUUACUGCAUCUGAUGAUCGCACUAUUAAGAUCUGGGAUUACCAAACAAAGGCAUGUGUUGCCACGUUGGAAGGACAUCUUUCCAAUGUUUCAUUUGCCAUUUUCCACCCCGAAUUGCCUUUGAUCAUAUCGGGAUCUGAAGAUGCUUCCAUUAACAUAUGGAAUGCCAACACUUACAAGCUCGAGAAGACUCUGCACUACUCUAUGGAAAGAGCCUGGUGUGUUGCCGCAAAGAAGGGCACCAAUCUGAUAGCAGUUGGUUUCGAUUCCGGUCAUGUCGUCCUGAAACUUGGUGAUGACAAGCCUGCUCUUUCAAUGGAUCCUCUCGGAAAGAUCAUCUGGGCCAAGCAGUCUGAUGUAUACACUUCUGUGAUAAAGCUGUCUGAUGCCGUGACAGAUGAUGGUGAGGUGCUUCCAUUGUCUCAGAAGGAACUUGGAUCUGUUGAGAUUUUCCCAAGCACCUUGAGCCACUCUCCAAACGGAAGAUUCGUCACUGUCACUGGUGAUGGUGAGUACAUUAUCUACACUGCUUUAGCCUGGAGAAACAAGUCUUACGGUAGCGCUCUUGACUUUGUGUGGGCCCAGGACUCCAACUUGUUUGCUGUUAGAGAAUCUACCACUGCAGUUAAGAUCUUCAAGAAUUUCAAAGAAAAAACUUCGGGAACUGUUGAUCUCCUCUACUCGGCUGAUAAGAUUUUUGGUGGUUCUCUUUUGGCUGUCAAGUCUGAAGGAUUUGUCUCGUUCUACGACUGGGAAUCUGGUGCUUUGGUGCAGAGAGUUGACGUUGAAGCACAAGAUGUCGUUUGGUCAGAUUCAGGCGAAUUGGUUCUCAUAAUCUCGUCUGAGACCGCUUAUGCUUUGAGAUUCAAUAAGGACGUUUUUGCUUCAAGUUUAGAGAACGGUACUGUUGACGAUGAAGAUGGGUGUGAAGGUGCCUUUGACGUUUUGUAUGACGUUAGCGAAACCAUCACCAGCGGUAAAUGGGUGGGAGAUGUUUUCAUCUAUACCUCUACCACGAAUAGACUCAACUACCUGGUGGGUGGAUCUAUCAACAAUAUUGCUCACUUUGACAAGCCAAUGUAUCUGCUCGGUUAUCUUUCCAGGGACAACAAGGUUUAUGUCACGGACAAGGACCUCAAUGUCAUCUCAUACCAUAUCUCGCAAAAUGUUUUGGAAUACCAGACAGUUGUGCUGAGAGGCGACAUGGAGCAAGCAGCUGAGUUGUUGGACAGCAUUGAAGAGUCCGAAAGGACUAAGGUUGCAAGAUUCCUGGAGAAGCAAGGAUACAAAGAUCUGGCUUUGGAAAUCACUAAUGAUAAUGAACAGAAGUUUGAGCUUGCCAUUGAGACUUUAGACCUACAAAAAGCAUACGAAAUUGCAACUGUUUCUGAAACUGAACACAAGUGGAAGCAACUCGGUGAUACAUCUCUUGCCAACUGGAACUUGAAGCUGGCCAUUGAGUCAUUUGAGAAAGCAAAGGAUCUCGAAUCGCUGCUCUUGCUGUACACUUCGCUGAAUCAAGCUGAGGAAUUGCAGAAGCUCGGUAAUGUUGCCAAAAGCCAAGGUAAAUACAAUGUUGCCUUCAGUGCGUUAUGGGCUGCUAAGGACAUUGCCGGUUGCAUCGAGUUGUUGCAGUUAUCGAAACGAUUCCCAGAAUCUGCGAUCUUCGCCCUAACCUAUAAUGGCGAACAGAGCGUGGUGGACAAAGCAGUGAGUCUGUGGAAAGAGAGCCUUGCAGCUGAUGGAAACAAGAGUUUGAGCGACAGAAUAUGUAGUCCAUCAGAGGAUUCCGCUCUUUUUCCACAACUUGGUGAUUUGAUUGACAUUGGAGAGAACGGUAAGGAAGCAGCAGCCAUUGAGACCGCUCCAGAGGUUGAGGCUGAACCUGAAGCCGAACCUGAAGAGGAAAAAGAAGAUGGGGAACAGGAGGAAGAAGAAGACGAAGAAGAAGAAGAAGAAGGAUAA